GUGUUGUUGUUGUGUUGGGGGGGGCGGCGGCGCGAGGGCGCGAAAUCGCGACACCUCACUCUAAAAAAAUUAUCCCAGACCCUCAAGGCUUGUGCCAAGGGGCACGUGAUUUGCCGUACCGUACGGACCGAGGUCCGAGUGCAAUGGCCGGCGCCUCACGUCGGCAGCAAUCUAAAUGAUCAUUGCCACACGCUGAGCAGGUAA